AUGAUGAAAUCAUAUACCAGGCAUACAUUAUGGAGCUUAUGCCCCGAGUCAAACGUUGAUGCUGAUGUAAUUACAGCGUUAGCAUGCCACUUGACCUUGGACGAAGUUAAAAGAGAUACUGGUCGUGGAAGAGGAGUGUGCUUUCUGCCUACGGAAUUGCAGGAUAUGGUGGUUAAUUAUGGCAUGACAUCUGCAAAGGCAUUAGAGUUAUAUGAUACAAAAUUCCUAUCAAAAGCUCAUAACUGUAGAAAGGUUUGUCUUCCCAUGAAAGAUAUGAUGAAUGAUGAAGGCAUCCACUGGUAUUUAGCUAUAAUUUUGAUGGACCAGAAACAAGUACACAUUCUGGAUUCAUGCCCAUCAAAAGAGCGCCAAACAAUCCGUACGAAUGCAGUUCACACAAUGAUCGAAUUUCUGAACGACUUGUUCGAUGCCUUACACAAGGAUGUUCAAUCAACAUGUGCACCGCCACAGAUCAAGGAGUUUACUUUGACCACUCCUGAAGUUCCUACACAACGACACAAGAAUGAUAGUGGGAUCUGGGUUUGUGUGUGGAUGAUGGGAUCAACUUGGGAUGAUGACUAUUAUAUUUGGCCAUGCAAUCAUUUGAGAAGAAUGCAGGUGGCAUUGUACCUAGUCAAAGAGCCUACCAAUUACAUAAGACACAAGGUGCUCAAGAAAGCAAAUCAGAAUGCGCCUAGGUUUGAAGCUCAGACACUUGAGUACAAAAUAGCUUCCCAAGAGAGGAAAGCAGGUUCCCAGAAGAGGCUAAUUCAGGAAAGCAGCUUCCCAGAAGAGGCGAAUUCAGGGCUCAAGGAUAUCUAG